AUGCAUUUUGAUUUCAGCCGCAGUGCGGCCACGAGCUACAGCCCGGAAUCUGUCCUGAUUAUUGUUUGCUCGACUUUAGCACUAUACAAUGCUUUUGAACUCCUUGCUCUUAUUAUCACGACCGUUAAGAGGCGUAAGGGUCUCUACUUUUGGAGUAUAUUUCUCGCAUCAUUGGGAGUGAUUCCCUACACCGUAGGUUGGAUACUCGUCUACUUCAAGCCCACUAUCGCUUAUGUCGGCAUGAUAAUCGACAGCAUCGGCUGGGUUAUGCUGGUCUCGGGUCAAUCUGUCGUCCUGUAUUCGCGAUUACAUCUCGUACUCAACAGUGCCAAAAUACUCCGCGCUGUCCUCUGGAUGAUUAUCUGUAACGGUAUUCUCUGGCACACCUCUAUUACUAUUCUCCUAUUCGGUUCCACAUACAGUCCGUCCCAGAGCAGAAGUGGCUUCAACGGCGUGUACAAUGUCAUGGAGAAAGUCCAAUUAUCCUUCUUUUGCCUCCAAGAGUUCAUUAUCUCCGGUCUAUACAUAUGGGCCGCGGUGGAUAUCCUCAGGACGGCGUUCGGCAAUAAGAGACGAUUCACAUGGCAGCUUUUUAGCAUCAACGUAUUGAUAAUAGCCAUGGAUAUCGCGAUUCUCGUGGUCGAAUACAUGAGUUACUUCGUGUGGGAGCAAGAACUCAAAGUUGUCAUAUACUCUAUAAAGCUCAAGCUCGAGUUUGCGAUCCUGAGUGAGCUGGUCAAAUUUGUGCAACAUCAUGGAGACGCUAAUUCCAUAUCUACUUUGCCACGUCACAUUUCUGGUGCUGUAGAGCCAUCUGCUGCCCGGCAGCGCACAAAACACGGGAGAGCCCGUUCCCCAAGCUUCCCGGAGACGAUGCACGUAGAAGAGUCUCUAUUCAACGCUGCGGUGUCUUUAAGACCAGAGACGUCAAACUACCAGGAGAGUGAGAAUAGUCAGAUUAGGGUCAGAACGACGGCAGAUAUAGAAGACUGUUCCAUAGAUCUCGGGGAUCGUAGGACCAUGCGCCACCUCUACGACGACGCGGUUCGGCAGAUAUCGAGAUCAUAG